ACCCGGAUCUUGCUCGAUAUAUAUCGGUGGACUUCCGACAGCCGAUCUAACAUCUGCUAGCUUCUCACUCUGUUAGCUCACUGUUUCAACUCAACCAUGGCUUCUCCUUUCGGUUUCAGGAAUAUUUGGGCAUUUCUUGUUCUCAUGUGUUUGUGACAUGAAGGAUGUGUUGCUGAGCUUUGGAAAAAACUUUUACAUUGUCUGAGAAGUCAAGUGGAUACAAUGGGCCAGAGCGUGUCCUUGAUGUAGCUCCUCUCAAUAGCAUGCCAUAUAUUGGUCCACCAACAACAUCUAGUGAUGUUGCUUCAGCACCACCCAAAAGGAAUUCUGAGGCUGUAGAAAAAGUUGGUCCAGCCAUUGUAUUUCUGCCUUCUCACUCAACCCAGGAGGAGUGGGAUAAUAUCACAUUGGCAACAACAAAUGGAGUUGCACUAACUGGCAGUGCUGCUUUGGGGAAGGUGGGACCGAUAUUAGGAUUAGUUGAUAUUGGGGAGUCUUCAGAUUCCUACUUAUUUCGGGUCUCCCUUCCUGGUGUAGCAAGGGAUGAAAACGAGUUCAGGUUUCACAUCGAUCCAGAUGGAAAGAUAAACAUAAAGGGAGUAACAACUACUGGUGAGAAAAUAGUCUGCAAAAACUCCCAAGUCUUUAAGAUGCAAACACAACAUCUUUGCCCACCUGGGCACUUCUCUAUCACAUUCUGGCUACCAGGUCCAGUAAAUGUCCAACACUUUUCUGGCAACUUUGGUAGUGAUGGGAUUCUUGAAGCUAUUGUGAAAAAAAGGUGAUUGCCAUCUAUCCAACUUUAAGCUAUCAUGCUUUUGUUAAAGAUCAUCGAUGAUUUUUCCAUCAAAGACUAGUGGAUUUAAGCCGAGGGCUAGACUUUGGCAAGAGGUAUUCUGGGUAUCAUAUGGUUGUGGUAGGUAUAAAGGAGAGCAGAUAUCGUGACUUUGCUGGAGAUAUAGUGCCUGGUAUUGCGAGAUGCUGAAAUGAACCACCCGGUUAAUCCCUAGUUGUUGCAGCUUGAGACUAUCUUCAAAGAUAAUUUUAGCAACUUGUAACACAUGUUUAUGUUAGUAAGAUCCUUUUGAGUUGUGCGAACUUGUUUUAUUUGUAUACUUAUGGACAUUCCCGAACGAGGAACCACGUAAGGUAAUGUUUUUAGACAAGGUUUAAGCAUUGACCCAGUUUUGGGCUGGCAGUCCAGGUUUUGAUU